GUCGCGGUACACAGCAUAACGUCGAAAAUAGAACAGCUAGUCGAUGCGUCUCGCUACCUGCUGUAAUCAUGCAGUUGGAUAUGAAUACCUGGGUCCGUAUGAAUCAUGUUAUUCUACAGCGCGAUGGGCAGCACUUUCAAUAUUAUCCCAAAAGAGAGGUGGCGGCGUACCGGGAUUUUCAAUCUUACUCUGAUCUUCUUUUACGGGAUAGUUCUUCUUAUUUGUCUUGCUAUAUCUCUUUCGCGGGGGUCGACACUCUAUUCCACGACUACCGUCUUCGAGGGCAGCUGCCAGGAAACGGACCGCCUUAAUCUUGUCUUCCAUUUCUUACUUAACCUUAUAUCUACUCUAACUCUAGCAUCUUCCGGGUUCUUCAUGCAAAUAUUAAGUUCGCCAUCCCGUCAAGAGAUCGACCGCGCUCAUUUGAGGCUUCGGUCGCUGGAUAUUGGUGUCUCAUCUAUCAAAAACGUCCGUUUCGUCUCUCCGGCGAAGUCGCUCGGCUGGUUUAUCCUUUCCAUCAGUUCGAUACCUAUCCAUCUAUUCUUCAACAGUUCAGUUUUCAAAACGAAUUAUCAAGGCUCAGAUUGGAGGCUUACUAUUGCGUCGAGCGGUUUCGGCGCACAAGGAGUUGAAUUCUUCCCACCGGGAGCUAGUCUAGCGAAUGCUGGUGUUCCAAGCCCAGGCUUAGAUGAGCUAAAGUCCAACGGUUCCAGAUGCUCAUUUGGGUCAGGAUACGAGGCAGUAUGUGGAGAACCUGUAAAGUUGGCGGAAUACUGGAAUAAGUCAUCGCCGGUGUACCACAAUAUCACAAAUACGGCAAUUGAGUCUGGGAGUUGGCACAAUAUGACGCCUCAUGCCUGCCGCGAAGAAUAUGGCUCCUGUAAGCCAAGGAAGCAAUAUCGAGAUGUGGUUAUUGUCGUCGAUACCGGUACCGAUAACCCAGACGGAUGGACUCGAUCACAGGUAUUUAGCGAUCCACAUAAUGACUUGGGACCAGUCUGGGAUUCUCACAUACCGCGGAACGAUAUAAACUCUUUGUGGUACUCGACACAGUGUGUGAAUUACUUGCCUACAUCUGUGAUAGCUAUCGAUGGAGACACACUAGUAUGCGGCAAUUCGUGUUGGUUUACGCUUGGAAUGACAAGAUUAGAUUUGCUAUCAAAUGCAACCUUUUCUGGACCUGACUGGACAAUCACUGCACAGGAAAGUUACAUGCCUUCCUGUGUUUCAGUCGAGCAACAGAAACUAGGCUUCAACAAGACUUUCAAUGCGCUUAACGUCAAAUACUGCCUGGCACAACCAUCGUCAACAUACAAAUGUCAAAUUAGGCUAUCUAACCUCUUAUUGUUCACUACGAUAAUAUGUGUUUUAUUGAAAGCCGUCACCUGCACACUAGCUGUUUAUUUUCUCUCCUAUAAAUCGUUAGUUACACUUGGGGACACACUGGAAUCCUUCAUUACAAACCCGGACCCCACAACGUUAGGAUUAGGAACAUUCGAUAUUCAUGAUAGUCAUCGGCUACAAUUCGGGACGCGUGCGACUCUAGGACCUUAUGAUUCUACGGAACUUAGUUACUCAGUAAUACCACGUAUCUGGCACCGGAAGGCCCGUAGACUUGUAUCUACUCUUCCAAAGUCUACCUUGUCUGGUAGUUAUGUCCCUAUAUUUUUUUUCAUUGGCAUCGGGGGCUAUUUCGCUUCCCAGAUCUAUCUAUAUGACGGAUUUAGCUUCAAAGGAAGCUUCGGGGAAUCAGACUCCCCUUACUUUAUCAGCGACUACGUUGGCGAAUACGGGUUCUUGGUAACACUAAUACUUGCUAAUAUACCACAAUUUAUACUGUCAUACUGUUUUCUUUCAUAUUCUUCCAUGUUCAGCCGUCUAUUGGCAGAGAAGGAAUUUAAUUCAUAUAGUCUUACACCGCAUAAGCCACUACGUGUGUCGUAUCCCGCCGGUGAACAGAACUCGACAUAUUGGCUCCAAUUACCAUAUAUUUACAGCCUACCCUUGCUUAUUAUUAGCACACUAUUGCACUGGUUUGCGUCAAAUGCUAUAUUCAUCUUCGUCAGCCAAGGAGGUUAUCUUGUGGACUUCUAUCACGACACCUCCCAGAAUCGCAACAACGACUGGGGAUUGCCUCAAGGUGCAACUGCUAUCUUAGGAUUAUCACCACCUGCGAUCCUCGCCUUCUUCAUUACAUGUGUAGCUAUAGUAUUAAUCCCUGUUCUAUACGGUUUAAGAAAGCUUCCCGGCGACAUGGUUGUGGGGGCUUGCGACUCCUUGGUGCUCUCGGCAGCUUGUCACCCGUAUCAAUCGACCACCUCUCUUCACCGAGAAGAAUUAAGUAAAAGCAACUUCAAUGAUAAUAGCGGAGAGAUAGAAGAGACGGAUGAACAACGAUCAUUGCGUGAACUAGCCAGGAAAAAACUUCUAUGGGGCGUUACACCUUUACCAUCGUCGCUGGCUGCGAUGAUUAGGACAGACCGAGAGGCUUUGAAUUUGAGCUUCUGCGAUGAAGAUGAAUAUCUGCAUGGGCCUGUUGACGGGGAAUAUUAUGCGUGAGGUUGAUACGAAGUACGGGCUACUCAGGAGUCGGGACGGCGCCUAAGCAUUAAACCGGAAACAAUUGGGUCUUCAUUU